UUGCAAAUUCUCGACCCAAUUAUACAUUCAGCCCAGAUCGAUCCAACUCACAGAGAAAAACAGAGGUACACGAAGGAACGAUUCAACGAAGGAGAAGGAAACGAUGUCGUACGACGACGUGGAGAUCGAGGACAUGGAGUGGAACGAGGAGCUGCAGGCGUACACGUAUCCGUGCCCGUGCGGGGACCUCUUCCAGAUUACCAAGGACGAGCUCCGCCUCGGCGAAGAGAUCGCUCGCUGCCCUAGCUGCUCCCUCUACAUCACCGUCGUCUACAACAUCGAAGAUUUUCUUGGAGAUACCGAUCAGAAAAACAAGAAUCUCGACCCGCCGAAGCAACAACCCGUCGCCGUUGCUUAAAGAAAUCAGAUUGCCUGAGCUGUGAAGGAAAAGUGGUAGACGCUAUUCUCUUCAAGUUUCAAAUCAAAUUUUGUUAGGUGUCAUAAUGCUUGCAACUUGCAACGGAUGAGUGAGGAACUUCUUGAAUUCUACCUAAAAGUAAUUUUGAUUGAGAAAUUGUAAUACAUCUAUAUAGAAAAGAUUGUUAUAGUCAUUAGGGCAAAGUUCUUUAGAUUUAUCAAGUCGCUUUCUGAUUACAAUCAACACUUAUGUUAAUCAAUACACUUAAUUUGAAUGAUGAAAGUGCUUUUA